AUGUACCACCUCGCGCGCUCCCUCUACCUUACCUACACCUCCAAGCCCGAGUACUCGCUGCUACUACUAGGCCUCGACAACGCAGGCAAAACGACGCUACUCAACCAGAUCAAGGCGCUGUUCGCGGCUGGCGCGCACAACCCAGCCUCGGACCCGCAACUCGAUCCCUCAUCUUCGGACGGCGCGGCUAAAGAUGACGUGGCAGGUGCUUCCACCACCGCAGGCAACACGGUGCCGACGGUGGGGCAGAAUGUCGCAACCAUAGACCUCGGUGAUAUGUAUCUAAAGAUCUGGGACGUGGGUGGGCAGAUGACUCUACGCCGGCUAUGGACGGGGUACUACAAGGUGUGCCACGCGGUGGUGUUUGUGGUGGACAGCACGGAUCUGGGGUCGGGCGAACUGGACGAGGGGGUUUCGGAAGGGAAGGGUUGGCUGGGACGCAAGAAGAGCUAUAUGCAGCGUAAAGGCUCGGUGGUGGGAACGGCUGCUGAUGAAGGAGGCGAUGGCUGGGAUGUGCCGGUUGAGCCGCCCCGCACGCCCAUUACGCCUGGAUCGUUGCUGGGCGGGCGAAAUCAGGGAAGACUUGACGAGGCGAGGGAGGUGUUGGAGAGUGUGCUGGGCAGUGAGGAUAUGGGUGGGGUGCCAGUGUUGGUGUUGGCGAAUAAGCAGGAUCGAGAGGAUUGUUUGGAGGUCGUGAGGAUCAAGGAAGGCUUCGUGAGGAAGGUUUUUGAGGGCGACAAGGGAGGUGUGGUAAGAGACAGUCGUGUGCUGCCCGUGAGCGCGCUCAAGGGAACGGGAGUAAAGGAAGCUGUGGAGUGGGUGAAGAGCCGGGCGGCGUGGAAUAAGGAGGGGAGGCCGCCUGUGAUGCGGUGA